CUAUGCUUUCUGUAGGUUGGAAUUUUGAGUAAGUUAUAAGGAACUUCCAUUUAAAAAAUUUACAGAAAGAUUUAUGAUGAAAUCGCGACUUUGGCUGUUUUUAGCUCGUGGCUGGGGGACAGAAAUUUUUAUAACACUAGAAUCCUCUCGGAAGUAAAACUUGAAGGUAGCAGCAAUUGAGCCCAAUGUACAUCUCCAGUAUACAUAUUUAUCUUAAUUGCACAUUAAAAUAUUUAAAUAUUUAUUAGAGCUAAGCCAACGGAAUUUUUAAGGUAAUGAGAGUAUUUAAAAUGAAGCAUUUAAUUUUGACGAAAUUGCUCAAGUGGGCAGCCUUCACUAAACUGUGGUGAAUUUCUCCUAUAGCUUUCAGAGUUGAUUGUAGGAGCAUUCAAUUUAGAGAGCGUUCGUUUUUUACAAAUUACACUUGGUGUUGUGGAGCGUGAAGUUGGAGAUGGAAGAAUCGAAUACUUUGCUCACCGAUGUUGACUUUAACAAGCACUCUGCUUUUAGUUUAUUGCCAGCUUUCGUUGCGAUCCGGUGUUCGCGUUGUUUUCAGCUUGUCGUCGCUUAAAAUACUGUAUUUUGAAUAAUUGCCAAAAAAGACCGAGGCAUUAUCGAAAUCUGGCAAAACAAAAUUCUUAUACGUAUAAAUGUUGACAUAAUUAUAAAUGUACUUUUUUAAAUUGAACAAAUUAUUUUAGUAUUAAUAGCAACACGCAGCGAAAUAAUGGGUCAAAUUAAAAGUGAGAAAAUCGAUCCUUUGAUCCGCAUUCAAGAAGAAAUUAAGGAAGUUGUUCGACGUGAAGAAGAGCAUCGCCAGCUUACAACUGGAGGAAGUUCUCCAAUAUCGGCAAACGAAUACGAAACACACCACGAAAAUGGCACAGUAAAUAACAGUUACAGUCAUAUUGACAACGACAGCACCAAUAGCAUCUCAAUCAGCCCUGUUCCACAUUCAUCCUUAAAUAACUUGGAAGGUUCUUUGAAUAUUCCCUCCUUGCCGCAUAGCGAAAAUAGCGUUAACAGUAAAGAAAGUAUUGACGAUGAUUCAGGCAUAUCCGCCUCACCUAGCCCCGUAAAUGGUGUCUCAGCCAACCAAAGUCUCAGCGAGUCCACAAAGCCGCCAAAAGAGCAGCGUUAUAUCGGUCCAAAUUGUUAUACAAUCACCCCGGAACCUCCACGUCAGAUGAUAAUCGCGAACUCGGUUCCAGCUACACCUCCGGUCGUCAAUAGGCAGCGCAUGUUUGCAUUCAAUCCCGCCAAUAAGGGUGUAAUGCAACGUUUUAUAGCCACACGCGGAAGAUUACAGAUGAACAACAAUAAUAACAAUGGAUCCAAUAAGAUUUUCUUGAAUACAAAAAAUGCCGCUACACUACUUAAUACAAGUACUAUGUCUCCUCUAACUAUCAACACGGCAACAGGGGCUUUGGCAAGUCCCUUGCAUUCAACUAUGGCGCUUGAUAUACUCACACCAUCCAUAACCAUACCGACUGUGACAAUGACGCCUCCUCUCAUAGAGCGGGAUGCAGAAGGAAGAGUUAUACGACGUGGUUAUGUUCCAGCAGAAGUUAAGAUUCAGAAAGAAAUCAAAGACUUACAGGCUCGUGAGCAUGAACUGAAAAAGCGAAACAGAUUCCGACAAUCCACAUCCGAUUUGCUUGAGGCUAUUGGAAACGACCACGAGGAGACAGAUGACGAGGACUCUGAAGUUGAGCACUGCGUCGGUCCCAGACAACUUCGCUCGGCAAAGUCCAUUAGUGAAAUCAGCUACUCCACUCAGUUGAAUAACAGUAUCUCUCCAAGAGCAACUCCUAGUCCAGAUAUCGAUGUUAAAAAGAUUGGCAGCGGCACAAUGCGUCCGGCUAUGUCAUUGGCACAGCUGUGUGAUUUGCCACCAGAGGAGGCGCCGUCUUCGCAUCGUCUCAUAGUGGAAUGGGAAAAUCGCAUACAGAUGAAUGCUGCGCGCAAUUCCACUGCACUACCCAACGAAGAAUAGAUUAGAAUAAAAUUUAACAAUGUCAUUACACCAAAUUUAUCUGUAAUUGCGAGUAAAAAGAAAAGGCCUGUAUCAUUUUA